GAAAGACGAUGUGAGGAGAAAAUGGACAGUGUGCAUGUCCAUGUUGGUGGCUUUGGCAUUGGUCGAUAGGACUAAAUACACUAUAGACGGUGCGGAAAACGUAGGGCGAGCAAGGAUCGCCGCCUUAUAGCUGGACUUUCCCCUAUUGUGAUUCACUGAAUUGAACGUAGGUCAACCGCAGGCAAUAAAUAGCAAGAUGCAUAGCAAUGAAGCUCAGAGAGAGGCCGGCGACGUCGAGGACGAGGAAGAAAUGUCGGCCGCCGAGAGGGACCUCGCGGACGACGCGCAGUGGAAGCUUAUCCAGAAGAACACCUUUACACGAUGGGCUAAUGAACACCUGAAAACGGUCAACAAGGCUCUGGGUGAUCUGGAAACAGAUUUAAGUGAUGGGUUGAGGCUACUUAGUCUGAUAGAAGUUCUAUCAGGGAAGAAAUUUAAACAUGUCAACAAGCGGCCUACUUUUCGGACCCAGAAGCUCGAGAAUGUUACCAUGGUUUUGGAAUUCCUUGAGAGGGAUGAGGGCAUCAGAAUUGUCAAUAUCGACAGUUCUGAUAUAGUGGAUAAGAAGCUAAAGCUGAUCCUGGGUUUAAUAUGGACGCUCAUUUUACAUUACUCAAUCUCCAUGCCCAUGUGGGAGGGGGAAGAACCCACGCCCUCAGAAGGAGGCCCCACCCCAAAACAGAGACUGCUCAACUGGAUCCAGACCAAGAUCCCAGAUCUGCCAAUCAAGAACUUCACCACGGACUGGAACGAUGGUCGCGCCAUUGGGGCUUUGGUUGAUGCCGUGGGACCAGGUUUGUGCCCUGACUGGGAAGACUGGGAUCCUAAGAAAGGUAGACAGAAUGCUAAGGAAGCCAUGGAUGCUGCUGAAAAAUGGCUGGAUGUGCCUCAGCUUAUCAAACCUGAUGAGAUGACAAACCCCAAGGUGGAUGAGAUGAGUAUGAUGACGUACCUGUCUCAAUUCCCCAAUGCUAAGCUCAAGCCAAAUGCACCCACACGGCCACGCCUGAAUGUUGCCCGUGUUCGUGCCUGGGGUCCAGGCUUGGAAGCCACUGGUAACCACAAGGGGGCCCCAGCACGCUUCACCAUCGAAACUUUCAGUGCUGGGAAAGGAGAGGUUGAGGUUAUCAUCCUGAAUCCCAGAGGAAUAAGAGAGCCUUGUGAAGUUGUUUUUAACAAUGACAGAAAUCUGACUUACUCUUGUUGCUACGUCCCAACAAUGGAAGGCAAAUAUAAGGUCAUUAUCAAAUUUAGUGGAAAGGAAAUUCCGAAGAGUCCCUAUGAAGUGACUGUAGAGGGAGCUGCUGGUGAUGCAUCCAAAUGUAAAGCCUAUGGACCUGGCCUAGAAAGAUCAGGCAACAUGGUCAACAAGAGAACCUACUUUGAGGUGGACACAAAAGAUGCUGGACAGGGUACUGUUGAUGUGGUCAUCUUGGACCCACACGGACGCAAAGACUCUGUACGUCCUGCCAUCUCUAAGAAGGACAACGGCACAUACAACGUAGAGUACAUUCCCUUGGAAGCAGGUCUUCACUCUGUGAAUGUGUUCUUCGCUGGCAGUGCCAUUCCUGGCAGUCCUUUCGGUGUUGGCGUUUCUCCAGCGAUUGAUGCAAAACGUUGCUAUGCCACUGGCCGUGGUAUCCAACCAAAGGGCAUUCGUGUGAAGGAUGAGGCUGACUUCAAGGUUCAUUGUAAGGGGGCAGGAGAAGGGGACCUGGCUGUCCAAGUGGUUGGACCAGGUGGUGUAGAGGUGAAGAGUAAAAUCAAGAAGCUUGAUGCAGACACAUACGAGGUUGUCUACGUCCCAGUGCAGCAGGGUCAUUAUGUCAUCACUGUGACCUAUGGUGGACAGCACAUCUCCAAGAGCCCCUUUAAAGUGGAAGUGGGCCCAUACAAGGAGUCCAGGAUCCGAGCUUACGGUCCCGGUCUGGAAGGUGGAGUGGUUAACCAGCCUGCUGUCUUUACUGUGGAAACCAACGGUGAAACAGGAGCCCUUGGAUUCUCCAUCGAGGGUCCAUCCCAGGCUGAGAUCACCUGCAAGGACAAUGGAGAUGGGUCUGCUGAUGUUACCUACUUCCCCACAAUGCCUGGCGACUAUGCAAUUCACAUCCUGUGCAAUGAGGAGGACAUCCCAAAGUCUCCUUAUAUUGCAGAGAUACUUCCUGCUUCCCCAGACUUCAAUGCUUCCAAGGUGACAGCAUAUGGCCCUGGCUUAGAAAAGACCGGUGUGUUUGUGAACAAAACUGUGGAGUUCACUGUGGACACUCGCAAGGGUGGCAGAGCUCCGCUGAAGAUCUCCUGUUUCGACGUGGACUACAAACCAGUGGACGUACAAGUCCAGGACAACCGUGAUGGUACCUACACCUGCCGCUACACUGCCAAGAGGAACGUGAAGCACACCAUUAUCAUCACAUAUGGCGGAGUCAACAUUCCAAACAGUCCCUUCAGGGUAUAUGUACAAGAACCUAGUAGACCAGACAAAGUUCGUGUCUUUGGCCCAGGUGUUGAAAGAGGAGUCAAAACAUUUGUUAGAACAUACUUUGUUGUUGACUGCAAAAACGCUGGACCAGGUGAAGUUGGUGUUCAGGUGACCGAUGAACAGGGACGUGAUGUUCCUUUGGAAACAGUAGACAAUGGAGAUGGGACAUUUAAUGUGGAGUAUGAAGCCCAGACUGUUGGAACAUACACUGUGGAAGUUUUCUACUCUGAUCAACCUGUUCCCAACACUCCCAUCAAGGUUAACGUUCAGUCGAGCAUUGACCUCAGCAAGGUCAAAGUUGUGGGACUUGAGCCAAGAAUCGCUGUGGGUGAGACUCGCGAAAUUAAGGUCUUGUCUAAAGGUGCUGGGCCUCCCCCAGGACCCCGUGCAGUCCCUGGCUGUAAGACCCAGAGUAAGGUGACCCCUGCUCCUCCUCUUGGGCCUGGUGCUCCAGGAAUAUCUGCAACAGCGUCCUCUUCCGGUCGGCCUGGAGAUGCUCCGUUAUUAGCUUCAGCGGAGUCCAAAGUUUUUAUCACUGCCCCGAAUGGUCAGACCGCAGAGCUUCCCACUGCACCCAUUGCCGAUGGAGUCUCCUCCAAGUUUUGUUUGGACGAACCUGGCCAAUACACGCUCCACGUCACUCAUGGCGGAGAGGAAGUCCCACAGACACCUUUCAAAUUCGAUGUUGUAUCUGCAGUCGAUGAAGGAAUUACCCCACAGAAAGCCCCUGCCGCUGCUGCAUCAGCCCCUGGUGCUGGAGGACCUGGAGCAGUAAAGGCAUACGGACCUGGUCUUAAGGGAGGUGUUCCACAGAAGCCGGCAACCUUCACCGUGGACACCAGAGAAGCAGGCCUAGGCGAGCUUGGCCUCACCAUUGAGGGUCCUGCUGAGUCCCAGAUUGAUUACAAGGACAACGGUGAUGGCACCUGUGAUGUGACCUACAUCCCACCUGUUCUUGGCGAUUACACCAUCAAUGUCAUGUAUAAUGACGAGCACAUUAAGGACUCGCCAUUCAUUGCCAAGGUUACCCCGACCCCUGGCCUGGAUGUCAGUGGCGUGACGGCAUCUGGACCCGGCGUGGAGCCUGAUGGUAUCUUCUUGGACUCCCCUACAGAGUUCACAGUUGAUGCUCGUUCUGUCACUCGCACAGGAGAGGGCACAGUAAAGGCAAUCAUUACAAAUCCAUCAGGCACCAAAAACAACACUUUAGUCACAAACAAUGGUGACGGCACAUAUAAAGUGGCCUAUACACCAUAUGAACAAGGUCCUCACAGCAUUGAUGUUACAUACGAGAACCUACCGAUCCCGAAGGCCCCGUUUAAAACCAAUGUUGUUCCAGGCUGUGAUCCAACCAGGGUUAAGGCUUAUGGUCCAGGUCUUGAGGGAGCCAUAACUGAUGAAACUGCUCAGUUUACUGUGGAUAUCAAAGGUGCUGGGAAGAGUGGUUUGGGUCUCUCCAUUGAAGGCCCGGCAGAGGCCCAGGUCAGCUGCAGGGACAACCAAGAUGGAACCUGCUCUCUGGAAUACCUGCCCAAGAAGGCCGGAGACUAUGAGAUCUCAGUCACUUUUGCAGAGCAACACAUCCCAGGUUCACCCUUCAAAGUUAAGUGUGAGAAUCCUGUAGAUGCGGACAAGGUCAAAUGUUAUGGCCCAGGGAUAGAACCGAAAGGUGUCUUCACCAAUGCCCCAGCAACCUUCACAGUGGAUACCACUGAGGCUGGAAAUGCUCCUCUGGAGGUCACCAUGACUGACCAGAAAGGUAAGACUCGUCCUGCAGAGAUCGUACCCACUGCCGAAGGUGUGUACCAAGCAACUUACCUUCCAACAGAAGAGGGAAAAUGCAAGGUGGAUGUUAAAUAUGGUGGCAAGCCAGUGCGCAACAGCCCAUUCCAGACUCAAGUUUUACCUGGAGCAGAUGCCAGCAAGGUUAAGGUCAAAGGACUGGAUCAGGGAACUGUACCUGCCAGUCUGCCUCUUAACUUUACCAUUGACACUAGAGAAGCUGGUAAUGCUGAACUGGACAUCUGCAUUCAGAGGCCAGAUGGCUCGUACAUUUGUCCCAAGGUCACUGACAAUGGUGAUGGAACCUGCAAUGUAGAAUUCACUCCUGAUGACUUGGGCGUGUACUCUGUUGAUGUCACAUUCGGUGAUAAACAGGUGCCUGGUGCACCUUUUGAUGUUAAGGCAGUCCCCACAGGUGAUGCCAGCAGGUGUCGUAUCACAGAGGGUCUGGACACCCCUGUCAUGGUUGGAAAGGAUACAGUGAUCACGGUUGAUGCUGCUGAGGCUGGAACUGGCAAGGUGACCUGUCGCAUCCGAAGCCCAAGUGGAAGCGACAUUGACAUUGACAUCGUGGAGAAUGUGGAUGGCACAUUUAGUAUUCACUUUACACCACAGUUCCCAGGCACAUACACAAUAAGCAUUAAGUUUGGUGGUCAGCCAGUACCACAAGGAGACUACAUGAUUGAGGCAAUCUCAUAUGAAGAAUAUCAGCAAUAUUUGUUGAAGAAGAAAAAGGUCGGAGAAGAUUUGAUCACUCCAGACACCACAGACUCUCUCCAAGGUGCUCCAGGUCUCUUCCAUCCUGUAGGAUUCCGUAUCCCUGUUGGACCUAUCUUCAACUUUGUCUCAGCAUUUAUUGUCAUGCCGUCUGGAAAGAAGGCAUAUCCAAAGAUUGAAGACAACAAGGAUGGCACUGUCACUGUUAGAUACCAGCCCACGGAAAUGGGACUUCAUGAACUUCAUCUCCUCUACAACCAGGAGCCAAUAGAAGGGAGUCCGUUCCAGUUCCAUGUGGACGCUGUUAACAGUGGCUAUGUCACCGCCUAUGGCCCUGGUCUUUCACAUGGUACUGCUGGAGAACCAGCAGAAUUCACCAUUGUCAGCAAAGAUGCAGGAGCAGGUGGUUUAUCCCUGGCUGUGGAAGGCCCCUCAAAGGCAGAAAUAAACUGCAAGGACAACGGUGAUGGCACCUGCAAGGUGACCUACCUGCCUACAGUACCUGGAGAAUAUACCAUCAUCAUCAAAUUUGCAGACAAGCACAUUAUGGGUUCUCCAUUUAAAGCCAAAAUCACAGGUGACCGUGUGAAGAAAAGGUCCCAAGUGUCUGUUGGCAGCAGCACAGAAGUGUCUCUUAAGGUCACUGAGGCUGACAUUGGCAACUUAACUGCUUCCAUCCGUAGUCCAUCUGGCAGGGAAGAGCCAUGUAUUCUCAAGAAAUUGCCCAAUGGUCAUCUAGGAAUCUCUUUUACUCCUCGUGAAGUUGGAGAGCACUUGGUUAGUGUGUACAGGGAUGAAAGUCACAUCCCUAACAGCCCCUUCAAGAUCAACGUUGGAGAGGGCGAGGUGGGCAAUGCCUCCAAGGUUAAGGCCUAUGGCCCUGGCUUGAAGGAGGGAAUGGCCAACCAGGUUAAUGAGUUCACAGUCAACACAAAAGACGCAGGUUACGGAGGUCUCAGUCUGUCCAUUGAAGGACCCAGCAAGGCUGACAUUGAAUGCACAGACAAUGAGGAUGGGUCAUGCAGGGUAACCUACAAACCCACAGAGCCAGGCACCUACAUCAUUAACAUCAAGUUUGCAGAUGAACAUGUACCAGGUAGUCCAUACACAGUCCGCAUUGGUGGAGAGCCAUCUGUGCGUCUCACAGAGAAGAUCACACGUCACCGAGAAGCUGCUGAUGUCACUCGCAUUGGUAGCCAGUGUGAACUCAGCCUGAAGAUACCAGGAACGGAUCCAUUUGACAUGGCUGCGUCUGUGACCAGCCCUUCAGGUGUGACAGAAUUGUGUGACGUUGUCAGCCUGAACGAUAACCGAUACAGCAUCAAGUUUGUCCCCAAGGAGAUGGGCGUGCACACUGUCAGCGUGAAACACAAAGACAUGCACAUCCCAGGUAGUCCAUUUGAGUUCACAGUUGGCCCAAUCACAGGAGGUGGCUCUCACAAAGUACAUGCAGCUGGCCCAGGGCUAGAAAGGGGAGAAGUUGACAUUAAAAAUGAAUUCAAUAUAUAUACCCGAGAAGCUGGUGCAGGUGGACUGUCCAUUGCCGUAGAGGGCCCGUCGAAGGCAGAAAUCAACUUUGAGGACCGUAAAGACGGAUCUUGUGGAGUCAAUUAUUCAGUGGCUGAAGCAGGUGACUACAUGGUGUCCAUUAAGUUUAAUGAUGAGCAUAUCCCAGACUCCCCAUUCAGAGUGCCAGUCAGCCCCAGCAUUGGUGAUGCCAAGAGGUUGUCUGUCAAAGCCUUACAGGAGAGGGGCUUACAGGUGGGCAAACCGGCAGCAUUCACGGUUAACUUCAAUGGAGCUGAAGGCAACCUGUCUGCUCGGGUAGUGUCUCCUUCAGGUGCAGAAGAUGAAGCCUUGAUUCAGGAAGUAGACUCUGGUGAAUUUGCUGUACGUUUCAUCCCGAGAGAAAAUGGCCUCCAUUUUGUUCAUGUGUUGUUCAAUGGCUGCCACAUACCUGGCAGCCCCUUCAAAAUCCUUGUUGGCAAAGUGGAUGCUGAUCCUGGGAAAGUCAAGGCUACUGGAGACGGCUUGAGAACUGGUCGAACAGAUCAAGUGGCCAAGUUCUGUGUGAACACUGCUGAUGCUGGAUCUGGAGCCUUGGCUGUGACAGUUGAAGGUCCUUCAAAGGUCAAAUUGGAAUGCAAGGAGAUUGAGGAGGGCUAUGAGUUCAGCUACACACCCACAGCUGCUGGUGAUUACUACAUCAAGAUCAGAUAUGCAGGAGUGAACAUUGUGGGUAGCCCCUUCAAGGCUGUGAUUGAAGGCACAGGGCGUUCGUCAGGUCUUCAUGAACAGUCAUCUGUUAUUGUGGAGACUGUCACCAAAACAAGCACAAUGACAAAGUUCAAGGGUAUUCAGAAGUUUGACUCUGAUGCAAGCAAAGUGGUAGCCUCUGGUGCUGGACUUCAGAAAGCCUACAGAAACAAGACCUCUGGCUUUACUGUUGAAACUGCACAAGCAGGUAACAAUAUCUUAUUUGUUGGCAUUUGGGGACCCAAGGGUCCAGGCGAAGAGCUCAUAGUGAAGAAAACUGCUAACUCCACGUACAGUGUCAACUACAUGGUUAAAGAGCCUGGUACGUACAUGUUAAUUGUGAAGUGGGGAGACCAACAGAUCCCAGGCAGUCCUUUCGCUGUGGAUUGUAAGUAGGAACACCAGCCAGAACUUGCCAGCAACCAACCCCAGACCAUCACAGCAGCAGAGAGUGUGAAUACAUGAGGGUAAUGAGGUUCAAAUAAGACAAAUAAAAUAAUGGUCAGAUACUGAUUAUCUGUGAUUUUAAGACCUCAAGUACAGUGUUGUUUGUAUCAUUUAAGGAGUUUGAACAAACACGAUAUAAAAUGUUCCCAAUUUUGAGGAAAUUUUCGUUGGCUUUAGCUGUAGUUAUAUCUUGAAUUCUGUGAGGUUGUUAGACUGUACAGGGAGAAAAAUGUUAUAUAUUAUACCAGUCUAAAUUAACUAAAGUAAACAACAAAGUGAGAGGAAAAACAACAAAAUGGAACAAAAUUUCGAAAAAAAAAAAAAAAGAACGAAUGAAUGAAUAACUAAUGUUUAUAAUACUAUGCUUUGUAAAACAGCUAUGGAUGUGGUAUGGGAAAGGGACAAUACUAUGCACGUGUUUUAUAUAUAGCCCAGACUCGGCUUUCUAAGCCCACUGCCAUGAAUAAAUACAGCUUCUGCAAUUUUUGUUUCAAAAAGUUAGACAAGCCAAAGUAUCUGGUACCACCUAAUGUUCAAAAUUUUAAACAUCAACAUCAUGGUUUAUGCAAAUUUAAUUAUGUUUUAUGAAAAACAUAAAUCAGUUAUCAGUAGAAAUUACUCCUACAUAAUUUUGUGGCUGUGUACUUAUUUAUGUUAAUGUGAAGUAAACACAUGAAAAAAAAUAAUGUGUGAUAAAAAUCAUACUGGAGUAAUUGAAAAUAUUAGUGGCCUUCAGAUGUCAUUUUCUUGUAACCCUGCUCUACAAUAUUGUCAUGUUUUUACACAUCAUAAUCUCAAUUUUGCUAUGUUUAUUGUUUUUGUAUUUUUAUAGCUAGUAUAGAACUGAUCUGUUCAACUCCCCCCCCCUUUUUUUUUUUUCCUUGUGGACUUGUUUCUCUUCAUUAGUUUGCUACUUGGUAUGGAAGCAUAAUCAUCCAUUUGCAUAAACAAAUGCAGAAAAUGGGUUGUUGGAAUGUGAUUGGUUGAAUACCUGGAGACAUAAUUUGUCAGUUGAUCCCUAAGCUUGUAGUCAUAAUGAAAUUGAUGUUGUUUAUGCAAUGAAAAUCUUGCUGAAAUGUUUACCCAUAAGCAAAGAAGUAGAUAUGCUGCCCAAAAACCCCAUGCAAAGACUUUGGGUGUUACUUGUACUGGGGUAAAGAAAUGUGUGUAUGCUCAAGGAUCUGAACAAAGAAUGAGUAGCUUGGAAUUUUUUUUUCUCUCGCAUUUUUAAACUUUUGACUUGGCUCUAUAUAUACCACUGCCAGGAUAAUAAAAAUAUUGUUGCUAAAACAA